UAUUAAUGCUUUAUAAAAUUCUCAUAAAACUGCACAAAGCUGCAUCCUUUUCCUGCGGCUGGUCAUUCUUCUUCCUCCUCUUUUUACUUUCUCUUUCUCUCUCCCUGCCUCUUUUGCGUUUUUCUUUUGUGUAAGUUGUUUAGUCACUAGUAGUUGCUUUGGCACUAGUGCGUACCGGUUCCUGUCUCCCCUUUGGUCUCUAACCCUUUUGCCACACCUUUGACUCAUAGAAGAUGCUUGUGGCAUUGCUCUUGCUUCUGGCAUGGAGCAAUGCCGUGAUAAUUGUUGAUGGAUAUGGUGGACAAUGUAGUUUGAAUCCAACACUUGAUCCUAGACCACACAGUGUCUCAAUUCUUGAGUUUGGUGCUGUUGGAGAUGGCAAAACACUCAACACAAUCCCUUUCCAAAAUGCUGUCUUCUAUCUCAAGUCAUUCGCUGAUAAAGGCGGCGCUCAGCUCUAUGUGCCGCCCGGAAAAUGGCUCACAGGAAGCUUCAACCUCACUAGCCACCUUACCCUUUUUUUGGAAAAAGGUGCUACUAUUAUUGGAUCUCAGGAUCCAACUCAUUGGGAUGUUGUAAAGCCCUUACCUUCUUAUGGCCGAGGGCUCGAAGUUCCCGGGGGACGAUACCAGAGCUUGAUCAAUGGAUACCAGUUACAUGAUGUGGUCAUAACAGGUAACAAUGGAACCAUCAACGGCAUGGGAUCUGUUUGGUGGGAGUGGUUUACCUUGCAUACACUGAAUCAUAGCCGUCCUCAUCUGAUUGAACUCGUCGAAUCUGAUUAUGUGGUAGUUUCAAAUCUCACAAUCUUGAAUGCCCCGGCAUACGCAAUACACCCUGUUUAUUGCAGCUAUGUACAUAUUCAAAAUGUAUCAAUUUCUGCUCCUGCAGAAUCACCUUUUACUGUUGGUAUAGUUCCUGAUUCUUCUAAUAAUGUUUGUAUAGAAGAUUGCAUUGUUGCUAUGGGACAUGAUGCAAUUUCUCUUAAAAGUGGUUGGGAUGAGUAUGGUGUUGCCUAUGGUAGACCAACAGAGAAUGUACACAUUAGAAGGGUGACUUUGAGUGCAUUUUCUGGCUCUACUCUUGCAUUUGGUAGUGAAAUGUCUGGUGGUCUUUCGAAUGUUUUCGUGGAACAUUCUCAUGUUCUCGACUCAGAUAAAGGCGUCCAGUUCAGAACAACCAGAGGUAGAGGUGGUUACAUGAAAGAAAUUGUUAUAUCUGACAUACAAAUGGACAAUGUCUAUGUUGCGAUUGCGGCCACAGGUCAUUGUGGAUCUUCGGAUUUUGUCAAUCCUGAACCUUGUCCAGAACUUCGGAACCCUACAAACUCUUCCUCGUCGUGUUUCUACUUACUGAGUACCAGUGGAAGAAAAGCCUCAGCACUGUGA